AUGUUACCGCAAGAAAGUAACAGAGUGGUGGCAAAGGUAACAGAGUGGGAGAGAAGGAAGCAAAAUCCUGUAAAAGAAGCAGAAACAAGAAAGAAAGACCUUAUAGGGUAUCACACGAAAAAGAAGUUGGUCAGAGAUAUGACACCAAGGGAACAUAGAAGCGCAAAGAAAAAAUGGAAAAAGGCUAAUAAAAAAAGAAGGGAGCAACAAAAAGCAGUUCAGCGACUAAUGGCAAUUGACACGCCACCAGCAUCUCCUGUUGGAACACCACGAAAUUUAAGUCCUGCAAUGCGCGCACAUGUUUUGGGACGAAGAAAGGUUAGGCGCGAUAGGUCAAAAUUAUUUAGAGAAAACCAGAAGUUGCUUACAGAAUUUGAAAAAAUUAGGAGGCAGUUUCUGAUGUACAAAAAGAGAUACCAAAGAACUAAAAAGAGACAGUCAUAUGAUGAUAAUAAUAAUGAUAAGUAUAAGGUUUUGUCAAGUGCAAUCAAAAUCCACUACUCAAAAAUAAAAAAUUAUUCAGCAAAACGAUACAUCUAG